UAUUUACUGAAAAAUAAAACUUUGUGUGAUAUUUAACUUCAAAAACGAGUUCAGUUUGUAACCACAGUCCAAUAUAACAUUCUAUUUCAAAUAUAAUUUCGCUUCCUUUCGUGUCUUGCAAAUUUUGCGAACCAAAUUUUCAUGAACAUUGAGAGAUUUGGGUGAUGAGUUUGUCGUGAAGCUUGAUCACUCCUCCCUGAGAGGAGCGGAUACGUGAGUUCUGUGCAACCCUAAAGGAUGUGGUAAGCUGUAAGAUGAGGAAGAAAGCGAAGAGGAAGGAGUGUGUUGAGCUUUUUACACCCGAAUGCAAGCGGCUCGCUGCUGGGCCAGCACAGAAACUACCUCAAAUCUGGAUUAUUGGCACUCAUGUUAAAAAUGCACAGUAAUAUUUUGAAGAUGCUUUGAAGAAACAAAGAUGGAAGUGGAGGGGACUGAUGAACUGAGGACUUCCUGGUCUGACAUGUCAGGCGACGGUCACACAGUGUUUUAUGACCAUGCAGGGAAAAAGAGAAAACAAGAUCCUGCGCCUGAAGCUGUGAUAAGAAUCAUAGAGCAGGAUGAAGAGGAAGAAGAGGAGGGCGAAAUGUCACCUGACCACAUGAAAGAUUCAGAGGAGCCCAGUAAUAAGAGAGUCAAACCUGUGGGGAAAUCCAACAGCCUCACGGGUGUUAUACCCCAAAUGAAGACCCCAGCUCUGAAACGCUUCAGUCAGUCUAUUUCACGGUCUAUUAGCUUUCGCACAGAGGCUCGACCUCUGCCCCCGGCUCUCCCCCGUUCUCGCCAGAAGCCCUCCUCGUUUCCACGCCGGCGCAGCAGCCAGUGCUGGAGCGACACAGUGGAGAGCCACGACCUCACGGCCAAGGAAAUCAAACGCCAAGAGGUGAUUUAUGAGCUGACUCAGGGAGAAAGACAGCUGAUAGAGGACCUCAGUUUGGUUAAAAAGGUGUACUAUGAACCCAUGCUGAAGUUGGACAUCAUGUCUGAGAGUGAGCUUGGACAGAUCUUCGGUACUCUGGAAUCCCUUAUUCCCCUCCAUACAGAUCUUCUAAGUCGCCUUGAACGCUUGAGGGGAUCAGAAAAGACAGUUGGAGAAGUGGGGCCCACUCUGCUGAACUGGUUUCCUUGCCUCGAGGCCUAUGUCACGUAUUGCUGUAACCAGGUAGGAGCCAAAGCCCUGCUGGAUCAGAAGAAGAACGAGAAAAGAGUGGAGCACUUUCUUCGGCUUUGCCAGGAAUCUUCCUUCAGCAGGAAGCUGGACUUAUGGAACUUUCUGGAUCUCCCUCGAUCCCGUUUGGUCAAAUACCCUCUGUUACUGAAAGAAAUACAGAAGUGCACUCCUCCAGAUCACCCCGAUGAGGACUACUUACCAGAUGCUUUGGAAUUGAUUCAGAACAUUAUUGCUGAGGUAAACAAAAAGACCGGUGAGGCAGAGUGCCAGUUUUAUCGGCGAGGUCUCCACUACCUUGAAGACAGCCAAAGGUUACCAGAGAUCCAACAGUCCCGCUUCAUCUAUUGCCACGGAGAGCUCAAGAACAACAAAGGACAGCGGUUGCACGUAUUCCUGUUUGAGCUUGCUCUGGUGCUCACCAAACCUGGGGAGGAAAAAGACGGUGGACAUGUCUUCAAUGUGUACAGACAGCCGCUGCCCAACGCCUUAAUAAAUCUGGAGGAGAUUCCAGAUGGGGAAGCAGGUGGAGGAGGCACUUUCAGAGGAGCGUUCACUGGAGGAAACGAUAAAGUGAAGAACUGUUUCCGAGUCAGCAGCAGAGGGCGCUCCAAAUUCAACCCUUACAUUCUGCAGGCCAAUGACUCCUUCAGCAGGCAGCAGUGGAUCACUUGUCUGCGCCAAGCCAUUGUGCAGUCGCGGGACAGAACGGCUCAGACCAGCCAGUCGCGGAUCUCUCUUCACCCUGAUUCCGGCCUGUGUCACAUAGCGGAGCUCAGCCUCAGCUCAGACACGGACAUGGCGGACCACACCAGUCGCUGACUUUUGGGUGGAUUAUCAAAGACAUUUUGGGGUUGGUGGGGAGGGCAGGGGUCAUAUGGCCUUUUUUUGUAAAAGAUAUUUUAUAAGAGCACACAUUGUCGUGUCUUUUUUUGCUUUAUUUUUGGUUGCACACUUACUGUGAAAUAUGAAAAAAAAAAACCUCUGAAUCUUACUCAUAUUUUUCUAAUUUCUUGACAAAUACACAUUUACAAUUGGUGUAAAUUA